CAUUCACAUGAUUGGAGUCCAUGUCCAUCUCCUCGCUGGUGAUUCCCUCUUCACGCUGUUUCUUUCACUAUUGACUCGACAGUCACUCUCCACUUUGUUCCAUUGACAUCACCCUUACCUCGAAUACAACCCAUCCCUCUCGUCGAAGCUCCCCAUAAUGGUCCGCUCCUGUAACAUCUGCCAUUUUGCAGCCUCAAGUCGCACUAAUGUCAACAACCAUGUCCUUGGCCAAGGUAUGGUACUGUCACCUUCGAGGCUUCCCUACACUAUGGUUCAGUUUCUUAUUACUCGGCGGCAAGAUCAUCCUUCCCCCAUGGCACCGUCAGCUCAAUUGGACCAGUCACCACUUUCGCCGCGAACUGUUCAUGCCAUUCUCUACUUUAGCACAGAUUCUUCUGCUAGUCCUUGUCGGUGAUCUCCAUUCCCAGCGCUUGUGCGAUCAUAUCAGCGUCUAUCGUGCCGAACAUCCACCGACAAUACGGAAAUACGCGUGCAGCGUGACCCCUAGGUCUCAAUCUCCCACUAAGCCGAAUUCUAUCCGCAGUCCCCAUAUCAUUACUCCCAUCUUUCCUUCCCAUUCAUCCUGUCCACCACUCUACCCAUCCUCGAUCCUCAUCAUUUUGCUCCAUCGCAACAUCAUGCCUGUCAUCCGCGGAAAGAAUAUUCUAGUCCCCUCCUGGCGCAUUCCCACUGGCAUUUACGUGUCCAUCAAUGUCGACUCAAGAAGAUGCUGGAAAUCGGCCAUCAGUGUCCUAUCAUCUGAUGAAUCUGUAGCGUGGGGUGAUACUGUCACUCUACCAUCAAAUGCCUCGCCUGCAUUGUCAGUGGAGAUCAGGGCGUCCUAUGAGCUUGGUCGAAUGCUAGGCGGUGGAGAGGUCAUUGGGGAACUUCAAAUGUCGUGGGAUGAGCUACUCGAUCAUGGGGAUCACCCAUUUGAUCUAUCGUUCCCAGCCGUGCGCGGUGUUCAACCUUCCAUCACACUGAAGGUUGCUGUUGUACAUGCUUCAGACGAUCAAAAUGCCGCACUGGUUGAUCCCCUCGUAGACUGUGAGAUUGCUCGAGACGCAGAUGCGGGUCACGCACGAUUCGCCUCAUACAUGAAUAACGAGAAUGUCUCUGACUUGAACGAUGCUAUGGAUCAUUUUCAGUUGGUUCUGAACCAGUGUCCGGUCGGCCAUCCAGACCGCGCAACGGCUCUCACCAACCUCGCGUGGGCCUGCCUUCAAGGCUACAUCCAAAAUGAUGUCGAAGACAUUGAUACUACCACUUCCCUCUUCCGCGACGCGCUUGCAUUGCGUCCGCAGCACCAUCCCGAUCAUCCCUUAUCCCUAUAUAAUCUCACCGAAGCGCUGAAUUGGCGUCACGACAAGAAUGGUACUGCUGGCGACAUCCACGAAGCUGCCCAACUCUAUCAUGAGCUAUUGCCCCUCUGUCCAGAGGGCACGUACCUUCGUAGCAUCGCGGCAGGGGAAAAUGGUGUUGAUUAUGUGAUUGUCGGAUGCAACGGUCUUCCAACAGACGCAUCCGAUGAAGGCAUCCACCUUCGAAGAGUCGUGCUCGAGCUCUGUCCUCUAGGCCAUCGACUUCGUCCCAGAACCCUCGACAUGCUUGCACAUGCAGUUGAAGCACGAUUUGAUCAGCACGGCAGCAUCGAUGAUCUUGACACGAGCAUACAGCUUGGUCGUGAAGCUGUGUCUCUGUGUCCCGAGGGACAUGCUGACCGUGAGGCCUACCUGAACAACUUGGCCUUUUCACUUGUGUUCCGCUCUCAGCACCAAGGCAAUCCUGAUGACCUCGAUGAGGCCAUCUCUCUGCAUGAAGCAGCGCUGCACCUGUGCCCUAUUGCGCACGAAUUUCGUGAUUACUCAUUGGGCAACCUAGGGGCCGCCCUUGUCAACCGUUACAAGAAACGCGGCGACAUCAGAGAUAUGACCCGAGCCAUCACCCUAUAUCGCGAGGCACUGACGUUGCGCCCACCUGGGCAUCUAUGUCGUGACACCACGCUUCACAACCUUGCCCUCGCGCUCAAAACUAGAUAUGACAAAUCGCAAGUCAGCGAGGAUCUCAACGAGGCCAUUGAUUUGUAUCGUGGAUCCCUGAUGUUAAAUGGGCUUGACCAUCCAGAGCGCCAUAGAACUCUUUACAAUUUGAGCUCGGCGCUCUGCUCUCGUUUCAUGCAAACUCGGGAGAAUGAAGAUAUUGAGGAGGCCAUUGCUCUUUGCCAAGAAUCAUUCGCGGCUCUGUCUUCACUGCAUCCGGCCAGGCACUUUGGCUAUAUGCGGCUGCAGGGAGCCUAUCUGUCUCGUUACCAGAUUUUACACGACCCUGCUGAUUUGUUGCUUGCAGUAGAGAACUUCAGACUGGCGUCAAGGCACCCUACUCAAGGAUUUCCGCAACGCAUCGCGGAAGCUAUUGACUGGGCUCGCCAAGCAGAAGUCUAUCAACAUGAAUCUGCCCUAGAAGCAUACCAAGUGUGCUUUGAGCUUUUCGACAGCCAUGUGAUGACACGAUCGUCGAUCAUCUCACGGCGUGAAGCUGCAACCGCUGUCGGUGGUGCACAAUCACUUCCUGUAGAUGCAGCCUCGUGCGCCAUACGUCGUGACAAUCUACGACACGCAGUCGAACUCGCAGAGCAAGGUCGCGGCCAGCAGUGGUCGCUGGCAUCUCGACUCAGGAAUCCAGUUGAAGAUCUCGAGUCAGCAAAUCCGGCACUGGCGCACAAUUAUUUGGAGCUAAGCAAGAGCAUCUCCAAUGCAGCCCAGAGUUCUGCAACAAUCACCGACAGAGCUGCUGCUGAUCGUGCAGCGAUAGAGUACAGGAGACUUACAAGGCAAUGGGAAGCUGCAGUAGCUGAGAUACGUCAUCUUCCGGCGUUCUCGCGGUUCCUACUCCCACCUUCAUACUCAGACCUGCAAGCGGCAGCGCGCCAGGGCCCAGUCAUCAUCCUCAUUGCCAGUCAAUACUCAUGUAGCGCCAUCAUCGUCCCGACAUCAGGAGACCCCCAUCAUGUUCCCUUGCCAUCUGUCACUCUCACAGAUUUGACCAAUCUCAAGGAUCGCGUCGCCAGGGCAAUUCGACAUGCAUCUACCCUCGGACCCAAAGUGCCGCGAAACGAUCUAAUAGUCCUCUUGCGGACAGUAUGGGAUGAUAUCAUGCUACCCAUCGUCAACGUCCUCCGGCAUGAUCUAAAACUAAAAUACUGUCGAAUCUGGCUGUGUCCAACUGCAGCCUUCACAUCUAUUCCUCUCCAUGCAGCUCACCCGUUUCGAACGAACCAAGAUAGCUCUAGGGAGCAAUGCCUGGAGGAUCUCUACAUCUGCUCUUAUACGCCCACACUUUCGGCUCUGGUCAGAUCCAGACAGAUGAUGAAGAAGCGUGUCACUCCAUCCUUCGCGACAAUCGGACAAGGUCAACCGGGUGCAGGGAAAGGCAAGGCACUCAAGGCCGUCGACAGCGAGCUUGAGCUUGUCCAUAAGCUUGUCCCUGCAAUUGCAAGACACACUAGUAUUUCUGGGGACGCAGCCACACGAGCAGGUGCGCUCGAAGCUUUGCAGCAGAACACCUGGGUGCACCUAGCUUGCCAUGGCAAGCAGGACCCAAAGCAGCCUUACAAUUCACAUUUCGUCAUGAGAGACGAAGAUCUAACACUGCUCAAUAUCAUUGAGAGAGAUAUUCCACACGCCGAGUUCGCGUUUUUAUCAGCUUGUCAUACCGCCGUCGGAGAUGAGGAGACUCCUGACGAAGUGAUUCACCUCGCAGCUGGUCUUCAGUUUUCAGGGUUCAAGAGCGUCAUUGGGACGCUGUGGCAGGUCGACGACUCUGUCGCAAAACAUGUCGUCAAAGCCUUCUAUGAGAACAUGUUCCCAGAUUUGAAGGAUGGAGGUGUGAUGGACUGUACGAGGGCGGCCUGGGCACUGAACCGUGCCACGCACGCUGUGAAGACGGCAGUGCCGCUGGAGCAGAGGAUGGUUUUCGUUCAUAUUGGUGUGUAGUUCUGUCGGAUUCCUAUCGCCUGGUACAUAUUUACACAUUGUCGAUCUGCGAUCUGUUGUGAAAAUGAUAUAUUCUUGCACUCCAGCUAUCUUAUUUUUGUAUACUUUGUCGUGUUUUCGUCGAAUAGAAUGUUCACUAAAGUUCUUGUGUACUCGACUCGUUUACCGCCUCGUCUUCUGCUUGACUCAGCUUGGGUACUUAGAUAGUAGG